CGGGAACCUGAGCAUCAGCCUGACAGAAGGUCAGAUAUUUACACAGGGAAACGCCACAAGAGGCAGAGAGAGAGAGAGAGAGAGAAAGAGGCAGGGAGAAACCUUUACAUGUUCAGUGAAAGGAGAUGCGAGUCAGAAAAGGCCAGGACAGCCCUGUCACCUGAUGCUAAGAGAUCAGGCAAUUAUCAGCGGGACUUGCCAUCAUCUAAGAGAGAAGGCUGAUUCUCAAAGCAAGGUUUCAUUGUUAGUAACGAUGAGAAAAGUGUUCACUUUUUGUCUGGACUGAGUUUGCAACCAGAGUGUCUUUCCAAAGCUCUUCUUUAAGACAGUGGCCAAUCAGGUGUCUCUGAUAUUUUAUCUAAAACACAGCCAGACCAGGCCCAUGGAUAGUGAGUGAGGCACAACUGACCGUGCUUGCUUGGGAUUAGGAACGCCAAAGAAAGGUCCUUGGAAGAUAAUUGUAUUCUUCCUUUCUCGAGUUCAUUCAAGGAUUAAAAAUAACAGCAUGUAGAAAAAAACAUCUGCAUGGGAGGUUUCAAUCGAAAGUGAGUAUUCUGUCUAAGAAUCUGCAAAAGCCCAGAGCAAACCCAAACCAAACCCUCCAGUUCGGAAGUGGCGAGACAAAUCAAACCUGUACAUUGGAAGCAAGAGAAUAUUGAAAUUUGUGACAUUUUAUUGAUGCUUAUACUUGACAAUAACAUACACGGAGACAGAUGGCAGCCUCACUCGCAGUACUCCUGACUGUGACAUUGUGGGUCGAUUUUGUGCUGUUUAAGCUGGUGCAGACUGAUCGGAGCGUUGUGAAAACCAUGGGGAGAAAAGCUUUACCAGUGGAAGAGGAUUUGGACCGCAUAAUAAAUGUGCCCGAGAGUCAACAGCUACCAGAUACGCCAGUGGACCCACAUGACAGCUGGCUCUUGUUUGUAGAACACUCUGAGAAGGGGGUCAACGACAGGAAGAAGAACAAAGGAAGAGGUCGAAAAUCACAGCAUGGUCUUCCAGGGCCACCAGGCCCGCCUGGACCCCAGGGCCCUCCAGGAGCUGUUGUCACACAGGAAGUGCUACUGAAAGAAUUCAAAGAAAUGCUGAAAGAAGUGGUUGAAGAAAGAAAUAGGAUCACAUUGCAGGAAAAGUGUCGGGAAUGUCCAGGAAUUCAGGGUGGUCUGGCGUUUCCCCCGCUGUUACCCAGGGAAAUGGGCCCGUAUCAUAGGCUGGAGGCAGCCUUUUACUGCAAACUAAAGGAUGACCUUGUGAUGAACAGAAAGAGUUUGAGGGAGCUGAAGAAUUUUCAUAUUCCUGAGCAGGAUGGUGUGUUCCUGCGAGGGAUCGGCCUGAAUCUGACUACUGGCCAAUACGUGGCCCCAAUGGCAGGAUUCUACCAGUUCUCAGCCAACCUACAUAUUGAGCACAGAGAGCACCAGAGAAGAAGGCACAGUAGACCACAUGAUAAUAUCCGAAUCCUCAUCUGCAUUGAAUCUCUCUGCCAGCAUAAUGCCUCACUGGAAACAGUUUAUGGUCUGGAUAGCAACAGUCAUCUAUUUACCAUGUUUGUCAGUGGUGCCCUCUAUCUGCAGUUUGCACUUGAAAGAAGGACUGAUCCUAUUCCUGUGAACAACGUACCUGCAGAUACUUUCGCCAUGCAGUAUAUCUCUGUCUUCGUUGACAACAGAUCUGGUUUUGCUGUCACCAUCCGAAGUGGCUCGGAUUUCACAGGGAUCUUCCUGGGCACGUAGAGGCAGCCAGUGGAAUGGAUCCUUGGACCUGCUCGACUCCCUUCUCUCCUCCUUCUCUCCCACGUUAAGACUCCCUUUGCCAAUCCGUCCCCUGCAAUAUCGCAUCGCCCAUGAAUUUACUCCUGCAGUGGGGAGGGCAGAUAGCAAAGAGCACUCGGGGGCAAUAAAGACAUUAACCAGAAUUUUUUUUUGUGUGCGUGUCAUGGACCUCUGGGGAUAUUCUGGAGAAAUCUUUCUUUUCGUGUAUUUGUUUCAAAUGACAAUAUUUUCCCUGAGUGACUGUCUACUGUUGGGAAUAUAAUAUCAUUGUAUUUCAAAGCUCUUGAUGAUCAGAAGAUGACUUGAAAUUUGCUUGCAACCCUGGAUGUAUCUUUAAAAUAAGGAGCUGCAUUUUCGCAAACUCGGCCAUUCAAUGCCCAUUUCACAAGCGUGGGGACUGUUUAAAAAGUAGGACAUUCUCCCACUCUCCCUGAAAAGCUGCAAAUCCCAAAACUUAUCCAUUCCCUAUAUUUUAAAACAAUUCAAUGCAUACUGCCUCAGAAUUUGCCUCACCUUUUCCAAAUGUGUUGUUUUUGUCUCUGGCUCUUAGAGAAGAAUGUAGAAGGGGAAAGAAUCUGAAGUCUGUAUGUUGGCAAUGAAUCUUAAGCUGGCUUCCUCCCCAGUGAAAGAGAAUGGUGUUAGGAGAUAGAUCCCAGCCCAUAUUCUACUGCCUGUGUGGCCCAACUCUACAACCAUUCCCACACUAAGUGGGCAAGAUGGUCAGUGUUAGAUCUGGCAAAGUGGUGGGGGAGGGGGGAUGUUAGGAGCUUAGAAAUAAUUCAUUAUAAAUCAUAAAUUGGUUGAGUUUUGCAUCGUAUUGCUCAGUGUCUGAGCUUUGGCUUUCAAUUGGGUUUGGUUGAAACAAAAAAGA